UGCUUUUGAUGUUUCCCUGGAAGGGGUACUGAGAAGAUUCCAGGAGCAGAGAAGGACAUAAAUGGAAUUAAAAAUUUGGGAAUGGGAGAUCUUGUAUAUUGUAUUUUGUACUUAUCUUGGGUGGGGUAUAUUGAUGGAGGGACAGGAUGUUGAAGUAGAUCGAUGGACGGUUGGAUGGAUGUGGUUGGUGGAUUUUAUAUUGAUUGGUUAGCUGCAGAGACAGUUAUUAGUUGCUACUGCAGUCUCUGUAGUCUGUACUGCGCAUAUACAUGGACAGGAAUAGAAUGGAGCCUGUAAUUUUUGUAAGGUAAUACUCUUUAUUUAUUUUUUGUUUAGAUUUGGAGUUGGGGCUCCUCUGAUCUGUUCAGUUCUUGUUUUGUUUUGAUGCUGCUGUUUUUUUUUUAAUCCAGCAGCUGCUUAAAACACCCAAUGACCUAUGGAUUUCAUCAUUUGAAGAUCCAGUUCUUCAAAAGGCUCUUAAAACGAAAUGGAGCCAAGUUUUGUCCACAAUGAAGCAUGUCCAUAUCAAGCAAGCAUUAGAAGAAAAUAUGGAGGCAGCCGCCACUUUACUGAGAUGCACCUACAACUUUUAUCGAGAGAGCUCAUGUGGAACACUUCCAUCAGGUAUUAACAUGUAUACUGUACCAUCUCAUUUAACAACAGAAGGACCAUGCCAACCAUUUAAGGACAAUGUCGACUACCUUGAUUUGAGCACCCCGAGGAAGCUUCUCUUAUGGGCAUACACGCUGGUGCAUGGUUGUUACUCCAACAUUCUAGCAGUUGUAAAGCAUUGUGAAGAAAAUGCGAAGUUUGCUAGAGUUGAAGAGCCCAGAGUUAAUAGGGAUGUGCACAGGAUUAACAACAGGCAGUUCCCGUGUCAAACAGCAGGCAACCGCAUUCUCUAGGCCUUCUCCAGCCGUUCAGGAAGUUGAUUCAAGCCCAAC